AUUCUUCUUCUAUUGGAUCGACAAUAACAACAAGUUUUGCUGACACAAUAAGUGACUCAGCAGAGAUGCCGGAGGAUACAUCAACCACAACUGCUGACACAACUACAGUGAUAUCAUCAACCGAUUCAACAUCAACAACAAUAGCAUCGACGACACUGGAAACAACACCAGCACUCACUACAAACUCGCCAACUACAACAAACAAAGAAACAACAACUGCAAGCUUAACAACAACUCAACCAAUCACAUCGUCAUCAACUACAAAACCGACUUCUACAGGGAAAAUGACAACUACAAGUAACACAGAAGCAUUGACUUCCUCUCAAUCAUCAACUUCCGAAUCAUCAACAACAUCGGUAAUAAGUACUGACGGCAAAGCAACUGUGAAGGAGGAUACAUUUUCAACUACAACAAUCAGCGAGCCUAAAUCAACCCUGAGUACAUCAACCUUGAAAUCAACAGAAACCUCAACAGAACGUGUCGACACAACUACUUCAACUAAUGCAAAAGAUACCAAAGGAGAAUCGACUCAGUCCAAAGUUAAAAACACCCAUUUGAUCGUUGGAGUCUCGUCGUCAAUUGUUGGAAUUAUAUUAAUUAUGAUAAUCAUAGGACUGGUAGUCAGAAAAUGUAGUAAAUCGAAUAAAUGUCCAGAAAACCAUCAGGAAGACAUUGGACCAAUCAGAAACUGGAGAGACCUCGUUUUGGCGGGAAAUCAAAAUCCAGGUUUUCAGUACAAUGCCAAUUCGUCCUUAUCCUACAAUGGAGAUUCCUACGUUCCACACACACCUCUACAUCAUUUCAAAUCAAGUGCAGGAUCUCGUCAUAAUGCAAACGCCAGUAAAUAUCUAAGACACUGAAUUUAACAAUUCUUUCCUUUCUUUCGUGUACGGAGCUAGUAUUUAUCCUUUCAAAUAUACACUUGUAGAAUACUCUGCAUUCAAACUUGAAUAUUCUAAUGAUUAUAUACAGUGUUUGUUUAAUGUUUUGUAUAAUGUAAGAAAUAUACUGUGUAUUUUAUUGUAAAUGUCUAGAAUAAAAAAAAUUACUACUUUUAAAGAAGUCAGGUUUAUUGAUAAA